CACUCUUUUAGCUCUGGCUCAGUCUCGAGCACAUGCAGAGGGAGAGGGGGGAUGAACAAGGUGCACACAUGUGAGGAUCUCCUCAGCUGCCGGGGCAAGGCAGGACUGGCGAAGAGAGAAGAAGAGGAGGAGGAGGACUAGAGGAAUACUGCAGUGACCAGCCAGCUUCUUUCUCUCCAUAUAUUUCUCCCUCUAUCUCAUUCUUCUUCACUGCUUUCGUCCCCCCUUUCUUCUUCACCCACUUAUCUUCCCCUCUGCCAAUUAUACCAUGAAGCUGUCCGCUGCUUGUUGCUAAGGGGGGAGCCAACCAGGGUAGCAGAGUGGACCGGGAAUUAUUUUUGUUUUUAAGGCCUUUUAGAAAAUGGCGGAGGGGUCCAAAGACCAGGGAAGCACUGGCAGCACUGAUCCAGAGGAAGACUCCCCCAAUAUGAUCGUCUACAGAAAGAUUGAAGACAUUGUUACACGAAUACAAGAUGAGAAAGCAGGAGGUGUCGCUAUCCGGACUGUCAAAAGCUUCCUCUCCAAGAUCCCAAGUGUGGUAUCAGGGGCAGACAUUGUUCAGUGGCUGAUGAAAAACCUCUCCAUCGAGGAUCCGGCUGAAGCCAUCCACCUCGGGAGUCUGGUUGCAGCCCAUGGCUACAUCUUCCCCAUUUCUGACCACGUUCUGACACUAAAGGAUGAUGGAACCCUUUAUCGCUUUCAGUCUCCAUACUUCUGGCCUUCAAACUGUUGGGAACCUGAGAACACAGACUAUGCCAUUUACCUGUGCAAGCGCACCAUGCAGAACAAAGCCAGGCUUGAGCUCGCUGACUAUGAAGCUGAGAACCUCGCCAGGCUGCAGAGGGCUUUUGCCAGAAAGUGGGAAUUUAUCUUCAUGCAAGCUGAGGCACAAGUCAAGAUUGACAGGAAAAAGGACAAGGCAGAGAGGAAGAUCCUCGACAGCCAGGAGCGGGCAUUCUGGGACGUUCACCGGCCAGUGCCGGGUUGUGUCAACACCACAGAGAUGGACAUCCGCAAGUGCCGAAGAGAGAAGAACCCACACAGGGUGAAAAAGUCAGUCUAUGGGGUACCAGAUGAUGGGCAGAGCCAGCCGAGUCCCGUCCAUAUCAGCUCCCAGCCAACCAGGAAACCCACCAAAGAGGAUGUUCAGAAGGAGAUUACUUUCUUGAGUAUCCAGCUGGACAGACACUGUAUGAAAGUUUCCAAAGUGGCUGAUAGUCUGAUGAGCUACACGGAGCAGUUCAUGGAAUAUGACCCCUUUGUGUCAGCUGUAGAACCCUCUAACCCCUGGAUGAGUGACGACACUACCUUCUGGGACUUGGAGGCAAGUCGAGAUCCCAGCCAGCAGCGAGUGAAGAAAUGGGGCUUCUCUCUGGAGGUGGCACUGAAGGACCCAGCAGGACGAGACCAGUUCUUGAAGUUUCUGGAGUCAGAGUUCAGCUCUGAGAACCUCCGGUUCUGGUUAGCAGUGCAAGACCUGAAGCAAAGGCCGCUCCAGGAGGUGUCCUCCAGGGCUCAGGAGAUCUGGCAGGAAUUUCUAGCUGAAGGAGCACCGAGCUCCAUCAACCUGGACUCUCACAGCUAUGAGCGAACCAGCCAGAACCUCAAAGACCCCGGGCGUUACAGCUAUGAGGAUGCUCAGGAGCAUAUAUUCAAGCUAAUGAAAAGUGACAGCUAUGCACGCUUUUUGCGGUCCAAUAUCUACCAAGACCUCCUGUUGGCCAGGAAGAAGCAGCCAGCAGACACUGAACAGGGCCGCCGCACCUCCUUGGAGAAGUUCACGCGCAGUGUGGGCAAGUCUUUGACGGGAAAGCGCCUGACAGGCCUGAUGCAGUCGUCCUGACACAGCCUGUGCUGGAGGGGUGCAGCCAGACACAUUUGGUGCGGUGACUGCCGCACAGGGGCUUGGGCAGGGUCAAAGACAGUGGAGCUGGGCUGGACAGGGCUGCUGUGGAGGCUUUCGGACUGUUCUCCGAGGCCUGCUCCCAUACUGGUAAUGCAGCACCUGUUGGGAUGAACGCCUAAUACAGACACCCUGAGGACAAUGCUCACAAGGGGAACCUCAGUCAGCACAUCACAUGGCAUGCAGCAUAUUCUAUAAGCACAUCCAGACUAGGGCUGCCCCCUCGUCAUUACUUUGGCAGCAAACUGGUUGUUAGGCUUAACUAAGCUGAUCAGUUUUGAUUGAUUUCAGUUUUUUUUUGUUUAAGCUUUAACUGGAUUUCUGGUAUUUGCCACAUUUCAAAUGAUGAAAACAAAAUACUUGUCUGGUCUAACUCAGACAUGAACACACAAAAAGGCACAUCAACACAAAUCAGACAUAUUUUUGCAAACAUGUCUGUUCUCACAAGGCAUCCAGCAAUAAGUAAAGUCCAAGAUAAGUUUUUUUUUCUUUUUAGAAAUAAAUCCAACCUCUUUUAUAUUGAAAUUUCGAUUAUAUCUGUUUUUUAUGAAGUACAUGACAUGUAAUUUAGAUAGUCAGCGCAGUUUGUCAUACAUUGAGAAAACAAAGCCCCCAACACAGUCUAUGUAAUGACAUAUAUAAAACUGAAAGUAUAAUUUUUCAUGCUUCAUUACAUUCCAGAAUCUGGCAUAAGGGCUUAAUGUAGCAAUCAUGCUCCGCCGUUGCAUGUUUCAUCCAAAUGUCCUUGUUGAGAAUUAAUGUUUCUACAACAGUUCAUUGUAAUGAGACUUGUGGCAAAGAUGAAUUUAUUCCAGUUUACAUAUUGGUUCACUGCUCUCUCAACUUCAAAGCAUCAGUUUUCAAAAUUUCAGGCUUAAUAACGAAAUUAAUCAAAAUCCUUGCUCACAAGCAUGGUUGUGUGAACGAUUGUGAUUUGAGCUUUUAGUUUAGACAGACUUACAGAAGCACAGUCAUGUGAAGUAGAAUCCACAAGGGUUUUUUGGCUCCUUCUAUACACUUGUGUCGUAGUUAAAGUUUCCAGUGCCAUGCGUCUGUCUAGUGGUGUGUAAACCACAGGACCAACAACAGAGUGUUACAAGACUGUAGCUCUGUGUUUGCAUCAUAUUGAAUGACAUCAUGAUGUAGUUGACCUCCGAUCAUGGAGAUUUUAUAAGGCCUACCACCCAGUGUGGGAUCUUUUAUGUUUUGUUGCUUUGUUUACUGCAUGAAUAUCUCAUCUUUUACUUUCUCAAACCAAUGCCCAGUUUUGUCUCUCCAUUUAAUAACUGUUGUGUGUUUUAAUGUGGAAAAUGGUGCAUGUUGGACCAUUAUGAAGUAGGGCAGGUGGUUGGACUCUCCAGUUACAGCACACACACAUGGGGAAUGGCUCUGAACUGGAGCAACAGUCAUCAGUGAAUGGACAUCUAAGCUCUGAAAUGGGCUGAACUGGGAACAACAUGUGGCUUCUGAUGGGUGCCAUUACAUUGAACAUAAAGGCCUCUCUGCUCCACUGUGACUGCAACCUUCUUCUACACACAGGAAGUGCUUGGACUGAGGAGAUUUUUGUCUCACAGCUCCCCCAUGAGGCCAGUGGCUGCUACAGUGACAAACAAGCUGAAUGAGUCUCAUCUAUUAUUUUUUAUUAGUCAUUGCAAUGCAUUGUACAGGUCAUAUUAAUUAAUAUAAUUAAUAUCUUAAAUCAUUAACCUCUUGAGUAUAAGGUAGAGAGAGAUACUUAACUCGAGUCUAUGUACCAAAUGUUAUCCACAGCACAAACACAAUGACACCAUGUAUGGAGUGCAUUGUAAAUGUAAUCUGGUUCCAUUUCAUUAUCCAAAAGCACACUUUAGUAUGGUAUGGGCACAUUACUAUGCAUGUAACAUAUUCAGGGCAUUUUGUGCUUUUAGUUUCUCAAUCAGCAAGAUAACUACUGGCACUCUAAAACACUCAAGCACCUGCUAUCUAUUCAUGGGUACCAAAUAAUAAAAUUUCUGGACCUGU